ACGCGUGCCCGAGGGUGCGUGUGGAGCUUGCUCGCGUGCACUUGGUGUGAUGGUGAAACAUCACUCGAGCAGCUGACACCGCCGGGCUCAGUUUGUUACGAGGCGGUGCGGGGAUUCACACUUUCUUGGACGCGCAUGUGGACCGGAGAGUGACCCGGGCACCGUCACGCUUUGCGCUCUCCGCUGUGCAUUUUGGUCAAUCUCGCGCUGGGAAUAUUCUCACAGUGGAGGACGGUUUGCCAAUUUUGACACCAUGACAGACGCAAAGUGCCUUCUAAAAACACCAAGUAACUUCCAAUCAUCUGCCAUGUUUGAAGACUCGGAGUCUAUUGAGGUAGAUGGAAGCAGCACAGAGAGCACAGUGGCCUCCACCAUUAGUGCUUGUAAGAAGGUUCUGUGCGGUAACAGUGUGCUGGACUCGUCAGACUAUUGGCUGAGGAAUGACAAAGCUCUGUGCAGACUGGGUUUGCUGGACGACAACACAGAGGGCAGCUGCACCAUGAUGUGUUUUGUAAAUCUGGACCCUCAGAAAACAGACUGUGGAGAUGAUAAAAUUAUUAAGAAACUGGCACUGGUGUCUCCAGACCUGCCAAAGCUUGUUGAAUUUCUAAGUGCUCACCAGCCCAAAGAAAAUGAAAUCCUCUUUGUCAAUGGCCUUGAGGGAUCCAAUACUUUCCAAACACGUCCAACAGCUCCUUCUCAGCAGAAAAAUACUGGUGUGUGCCUGCUUCAGCGUUCAAGACAGAAGCGCUUCAUCCAACCAAGCAGUAUUAUCUUUGAGAUCAACAAGUUCCUUGCCGGUUUCCAGUGGGGAAAAGAAAGACAGCUUCAUCAAGGACAAAUAAGACAACGGGUUGAGGAUGACACCAAUCGGUCAGUUUCAUCUAUCGAGGAAGAUUUCCUGACAGCUUCAGAACACAUGGGAGAUGACAGUGAGGAUGACGGAUUUAGAAAUGAGGCAGAAGCUGGUGGACAAGCAGAGAGCUCGGUAGAGGUUGCACAGAAACACAAUGUUAAUGUCCUGGGUCAGAGGACACAGCUGGCUCAUCAUCAGUGCAAGGAUGAUGCAGAAGUGAAAAGGGAAGCACAUCAGCAGGUCAGCCGGCACACAAAGGAAUCAGCCGGUCACUACGCUACCAAUCUGGCAGAGUCGGUACUACAAGAUGCCUUCAUACGCCUUUCUCAAGAUGAAACCUCCUUUAUCUCUGAGGCUGCAGUCAGUGUAUCACACUCACGGUGUCACUCCGAGACUACACACGUGCAAAGAAAACGGCCUUCUCAACAGCAUACCUGCUCCUUUGAACUCCCUAAAAUUGUCAUAGUUCAAAGUCCAGACAGUGCAGAUGGAACUGCAGAGUGGCCAGAGACUCAGGGGUCAAAUGUGUCUGACCAGGAUAUUACCACAAAAGACAUUCAGAUGCCAGAAAAGAAAGGUCAUAAUCCUCACCGCAAUGGAGGGCUUCCAUCUAAACCCGUCGAGGUGGCUUUGGCCUGCGCUGCCAAUGUUAUUGGCACCAUAACUUCCCCACAGCUAGCAGGACAUCUCACCAAGGAUUUAACUUCAGAAGAAGACACAGAAGAGGAGCUAGAGAAACCAGAGGAGAAAGGCGACUACUCUUUUUCCUCAGCCAUGUGUGGUAUGGCUCAGGUUGCCGGUGCUGUUGCAGCGUUGGAGCUUACAGAGAUGCCCGGCGAGGUUGAAAAUAGUGACACGGAUUUAAAUGCAGCCUACAAAACAUCACAGGGUUUGAUAUCUGCUGCCCAAACAUCUGCGGCCUUCACGCUACAUUGCAGUGUUGCAGAAGGUACCAGUGUCGAAGCAUUCCGUGCAAACAUCGCUGAAGUACUUCAUCGGGAAGCAGCUGAGGUGUUGACUUAUCCACAUGGCUACCGGAGUGUAGCUGACCUCUUGGAGUCCACACAUAAUAAGAUAGUUGAUGGCAUUACAUGCCCGAAAAAAUCCUACACGGAAGAAAGAGAAGUGGGAGAAUUAAUCGACGAGGUGGCCGACAGUCUUUUUAAGCAUGCUUUGGAAAAAGCCCAAAAGAAAAAAGAACUGGAGGGGACUGGGAAAGAUGCACCGAGCCUCCAGGUUCUUCUGCAGGACAGCGUAAACAAUUUGCUCUUUGAGAUUCUUUGCCAGGCACAAAAAAAGAUUAGUCACAUUUCAAAAAGUGAUCAAGGGACUUUUGAGACACAGGACCUUGAUACUAGUUGCAAGCAGCAUGUUGCCACAAAAGGAAGCGAUGAUUCAUUAAGUCAAUUACAGGGUUCAGUAAGUUAUAAGCAAUCAACUAACAAUGACAAACAUGGUAUGUGUCAAAGCACAGAUAGACUUGCCAUGGUUCCUGGAAUUAGCACAAAUAUACUUGAGGAAAGUGAUGUCAAUGCAUCUCUCUUUACAGUUUACAACAAAGAGCAACCCCAGCACUCGUGCUGUGUACAAAUCCAAUCGAAGUCUAACGUACAUAUAAAAGACUACUCUGGUCACCAGGACACAACUGCUGUCAGAGUUCCCUUGAGUGAAAUCCCCGUUCAUUGCACAGAGAGGCGGGGUCGAUUUGUGACAGGAAAUGACAGCAGACAGUCUUCUCUCACCCCGCAGUCGUCACUCAACUCUUGCAGUUCACUCUUUUCCUGGAGAAUGGACUCAGAGAGCAGGACACCCAUUACUUGCUUUGCCGAUGAUUUGGCUGCUACAGUGGUGUCUAUGGCCACGGAACUAGCUGCCAUAUGUCUUGAAAAUUCUACCGGGAAGCAGCCCUGGUUCUGUGCCCUCAAGGGUACAUCUCCAGAGGGCCCAGAGGCUUUCUUGAUCCCCGCUUGUCGAACGGUACUCAGAAGGAAAGAGGGUCAGAACAACAGUGUGUCCUCCAAGAAACAUCGAGCACCACGCCUCAGUGAGAUAAAAAAGAAAACAGAGGAGCAACCAGAGUUGAUGGAACGCCUGGUGAACCGAGUGGUAGAUGAGUCGGUCAACCCUGAUGAACCACAGGACCCGUUUGCCCUUUUUGCCUCGGAAGUCACGGCCAGGAUCAUGAACUGCCCUGAGCUGAAUGUGGUGGACACUUCCAAAACAGGCCAGCCACGUAGCAGAUUGCAGUGUGAGAGGUGGAGUCGUGGAAAAGCCUCUAGUUAUGAAAGUAUUCCAGAGGAAGAUGCAGACCCCUCGGGUACACUAAAUACCCUGGGCCCUGGUAGUCGUCUCGGCCAGAACCUGAGUCGUGGUAGCUCUGUUUCCAAACAGUCAAGUUGUGAGAGCAUCACAGAUGAAUUUUCACGGUUCAUGGUAAACCAGAUGGAGACUGAGGGCAGAGGCUUUGACCUUCUCCUAGACUACUAUGCAGGGAAAAAUGCCAGCAGCAUUCUGGCUGCAGCUGUGCAACAGGCGGCAUCCAAGAAAAACGGUCACCUUAACGUUAGAACUACAUCCUGCCUCUCCAAACAGUCUAGCACUGAGAGCAUCACAGAGGAGUUCUACAGGUUUAUGCUCCGGGACAUGGAUAAGGAAAACAAAGACCACGUCAUGGCAAAGACUAAAGAGUGGAGCAACAGCUUGUUCCCGCCAUCUGCCCGGACUCCCUUUUGCAUACGACAAUCGUCAGUCCCAGACAGGCGAUCGUCAGAUUCAAGACUGACCGUCAGCUCACCCAUUAAAGCCAAUUCAUUUGAUGGCUUUGCCAGAAACGUGCAUGGAGAUACAUUAAAUAUCUGCCCAACCAACUCAGUGGCAGCAACGGGACUGUGCAAGUCAGACUCGUGUCUCUAUCAAAGAGGCAAGACCGACCAGAUCACUGAUAUGCUGAUCCACGAUACCUGGUCCAGUUCUAUUGAGUCUUUGAUGCGGAAGAACAAGAUCAUUGUUGAUCCAGAGGACAGUAUUGAGCUGGAGGCUGCAGGAGACUGCCAGCCCCAAGUACAGCAGUUUGCAAACCGUCUGGCAGCUGACAUUGUAGAAAUUGGCAAAUCAUGUGUUGGAGAUCAGCAAGAGGGCCCAAAUGGGCCAAACUCACAAACGCACAUGCCAGUUGGUGAGAGAAGGAGGGGAUUCAAACAAUCUCAUUUAAACUGUAGUCGGGGUAGGUCAAGUCAAGAACAAACGGGGGUUAUAUCAGGUGCAGGUAACAGCGGUACACCCCGUUUAAGAGCCCCCAGGGAUGUACCAGUGAUCCACAUUGAGGGGGAUACCCACGAAAGGAGAGAUGGACCUCCGGAACGACCACCAGAGAUGCCAGGUACCAAGCGUACGGAGAAGAUUACAGCCAACGGAAAUAGCAGUGAAAGGGACAGGUCAGCUGUGGUUGCGGCCAAAGUAGAGAAGAGGGACAAGCGUUCAAUGAGCGCUAGCAGUGAAGAGAGCAUGGGAAGCUGGUCCCACAUAAACACGGAGGAUGAGACCAGUAGUUUUAUCCAACUGAGCGAGGGCAAUGGCACCAGCAGCGGCUCAAGCGUAGGCAUGGCCGAUCUGGAGACUUUCUCUGAUGUGCAAUCUCCUAGCACAGAAAUAAGUGGAGGGCCCGAGAAACCUGACCAAUCAGCAACCAAAGAUGGCUACUUCGAGAGCUGCUCAGCCAGGACAGCAGGAGGUGGCGGUGGUCAUGUUAGGGAACUCCUUGUGGUAAACUGUGACCUGGAAGCGGACUGCAUGGACUCGGAGGUGACAGUGGCUCUGCAGUGGAUCGCAGCUUCUGAGCUGGGUCUUCCAGUUCUCUACUUCAAGAAGUCUAAAGAACAAAGGAUUGCCAAGUUCCAGAAGUUGGUCCAUCUAUUGUCCCAGAAGUCAUGGCGGAUCUCGGACUUGUUCAGUGCUGUGCUUCAGUUCUGUAAACUUCAUGAAGAGAGUGAGGACACAUCGCUGUCUAGCCUGUUUGACUGGCUCUUUGAGAUCCUGUGAAGUGGAUUAGUUUUCCCCAGUGUGCAUGUUCACUUCCUCACACUGACGCUUGUCUUCUCACCAAGUGUGUCCGCUUCCAAAGCUGAGAGCACAAAGUGAUCAUCCAACUUGAAAAAUGCUCCUUCCCUCACUGCUGUCACUUUGCGUCCAUGGAGGGUUCGGGUUUUUUGUUUUUUUUUUUGUCUGUCACCGCUCACAUCCAUCCCAAAGGAACGCGAGUUGGACAUUCCUAUUGGGAGGGAACAAGCCAUUUAGAGAUUAUGGUUAGCAGGGUUUAACUGCGCCAAAGUAUAGUAUAUCGAUUUACACAAUAAUUAGAGAAUAUUUACAGAAUCUCACAAAAAAUAUUGUGUUCAUCCCUUUAUUUAUUCCAGAAAGUACAAAUGUUACUGUUGUUCAUGGCUGUUCACAUAAGAUCACACCAAUGCUUAAAAUAUUCUUUUUCAUUAGCCACAAAAAACGUCCUUUUUGUGAUCAUGAACGUUUAUGUUGGGAUCUAUUAUGUGUUACUUGAGAACAGAUCUUAGAUUGUUGUCUUGUAUAUAUUGACCGUUUGGACCUGCAGCACUUUGGAGUAGUGGACUCUAGCAUUUAUGGUCAGGAAAGACCAAGUAAGGUUCGUAAUGUUCAAUUUGUAAGUGAAAUUGGUGUGUUUAUUUCACUUCUUUGUGGUACUCUUGUGUUAACAGAAGCACACAUUUGAGCUGUAAAAUGUCAUUAUAUAAGUGAAUGAAUGUAUUUAUCUUUUGACAUCAAUAAAAAUCCCUGUGUUGUGAAA